AUGUCGAACCAAACCAAGGGAAGCUCGUCCUCUGCACCCGACGGAGCACGUUCUAGGCGCCGAAGAGGUGAGAAACAGAGGGGGAUCCCGCAAUUCUGUCGUUGUGUUGAAGAAGCAGUGAUUAGGACAUCAGGGACUACUAAAAACCCCGGUAGGCUCUUCUACUACUGUCCGAAGGGAUCAGAGGAGGACAAAUUCCAUCUUUUCACAUGGACUGACGAACGUGUGGUUGAAGAGGUAGAGGACCUAAAGUGUGAAGUUUGUGAGCUGAAUGCAGACAUCUCCGAUGUUAGAGCAGAGCUAAGUACAAUAAAGAAAGAGAGCGAGCGUAUCAAGCUAAUGGUAGAGUUGGCUGAUAUUCCGUAUUUUUAA